UAAUGAGACGUCUGUAAACCAUUUGGUGUGUUCAAGAAAGGAUUUCCUCAUACAAUGCUGUGCAGCCACGACCGGGGUGUAAGAUUCACAUCUGCUUUUGGCCAAGUCCUCGCCGCGACACAGCACUUUGGUGUUUCACCAGCAGUACAUGAAAACAGCCCUAACGUCGCCUUUAAAAGUGUUUUUGUGAUGGACCUUAGAGGGGCUAGCUUGAUACUAUGUCUCCUUCUUCUGGUGAGUCCCGCUCUUCAGCAGACCCCUGCAAGUGCAAAGAAGAAGAACGCAAGGAAAGAGGCUGCAAACAAUGCUGUGAUCGAGAAGAUGCAGAAGCAGAUUGAUGAUAUUUUAGAAGAGCUGAAUCUACUGAAAGAACAUCAAGCAUUACAAACAGUUUGCUUGCGAGGCACAAAGGUCCUGGGCAAGUGUUUCCUGGCGGAUCCUGUGAAGAAGAACUACCAUGCAGCCAGUGAAGACUGCGUCGCCAAGGGGGGCAGCCUGGGCACCCCUGUGACCGGGGAUGAAAACGACCGGCUCUAUGAGUACGUGCUCCGGAGCAUCGGCCAAGAGGAGCACGUCUGGUUAGGGAUCAAUGAUAUGAUCACCGAGGGCCAGUGGGUGGACCAAUCAGGGCAGGGUGUGCGCUUCAAGAAUUGGGAGACGGUCAUCACGCUGCAGCCGGACGGUGGGCGGGGCCAGAACUGUGCCAUCAUGUCCACCUCGGCCAACGGGAAAUGGUUUGACGAAAACUGCCGUGCUGAAAAAGUCUCCGUGUGUGAGUUUAAUAUUGUUUAACGAGGACUGCCCCUGUUGUCCUUUUGAAAAACAUGAAGCAUGUUUAAGUGUGAACCGAUAUUCAUAGGAAGUUGUAACCUGCACCUGUACUCAUUUCUAAAACCUAAUUAAAUGACGUAGCUUGUCAGGAAUGCAGGACUGAGAAAGCUAAAAACAUUGUCCUGUUGCCUCACAACUGUAGUCUUAAGUCCCGCGAUACUGUGUCAUAUAGCCUACUAAUAAACACAUC